AUGACUGUGGACGACGUCCUGAAGCGUACGAACUCCUCGUGCUUACAAGGCGUCAUCAUCAAUCCACGAGAUGAACACAGGCUUCUGCUUGGGUGUCGCAGUGGUGAGCCCGAUGAGAAGAUCGCAAAGAGGUUCGUUCAGAAGGGAACAGAGUGGUUCCACCAGGAGAAAGUCUUGCCGCUGAGAGACUUUGAUCAGAAUGGGCUUCGAGGGCGUACUAGCUACGUUUUUGAGGCGAUCCAUACUGCGCAAGAGAGCAAUGCCAAAGGUGCUGGCGCCAUCACCAAACGGACACUGAACAGAGUUGGACCUGAGUUACUCGACAAGAAGCAUUGUGGCAACAGGACGUACGCCGACCUCGAAGCUUAUACCUUGUGUGUCUUCGAUCAGCUCAGACGCUUUGAGCAUCAGAGCAUCGUCGGUGUCGAGCGUAAUGACGCCAAGGUCGAGGAGGUCAUGACUCGCUCGAAGCGAAAGCGUGGCUCUGAUGAAGAUGGCGAAGAGGAGGAUGUCCCAGCGCCGAAGAAGCUCAAACCGACAUCACCUGUUGCAAACUCGAGCGGAGAGCCUGUAGCCGACGCUGCACCUCUCGAGGAGCCCUCUGAGGACGACCAGCCGUCAUACAUCCUCGGCGAGUGCGGUCAGUCAACGUUCGAAUCUCUCGAAGUUGGUGUCCGCCUUGACAUCGGCAUCUCCACAGCACGAAAUGGUCAUCGCUUCUUCGUCAACGAGAUCAGUCGCGAGUGGUAUGUUGACUAUUUUACUUUUGUCCAUGGCAAUCCCAGGACAAAGUACUGUACUGCGUUUGCGAAUGCUAGGAAUCACUACUUCUUCGGGUCAGAGGAUGAGACAGAAGAGCCGCCCAUUGAGGACGAUGACAAUCAUGAAGCUCCUGAGGGUUCUGACAGUUCUGGGCUUUCUGAUCCGCGUGACUCUUCGGAAGCUUCUGGGACAUCUAGUCCGUCUGUUGCGAAGGCUCAGAGGAUGACACGGAGUCAGGCAAGGAAAAUGAGCGAGGAGGGAGGGCAGUGA